AUGGCUGGAGCUGCCGACACUGCUGGGCCCGCGGACGCGGCCCCGGAGCAGUCGCCUGCCCAGUACCUCACGCGCUUCUGGCGCUCCAAUGCGUCGGCCUUCAUGCGCUGGUUCCUGGCGUUGCCCUACGCCGGCCAGGUGUCGCUGCUGCGCAACGCGUCGCCCGACAUCCCCGUGUCCUACGACCCCAAGGAGACGCGCCCGCAGGCCGCGCAGCUGCUCACGCCCGAGCUGACGCUCAAGGCUCUGCUGGAGGAAAACGGCAAGGUGCUGUUGCGUCUGAUGAACGCGCGUGCCACCAAGGCGGAUCAGUGCAGCCGCCACGACCUGCUGUACCUGGCCUCGCUGCGCGCCAAUGGCACCAUGCCCACGUUCUCGGGGGAGACGUUCAAGCACGUGUCGCUGGCCUUCAUCGACCUGGCGGACCCGGGACACAACGUGCAAUCGCUGCUGCCCUCGGCGUCGCCCGAGAUCCUCGAGGAGAAGAAGAACCUGAUCAAGCAGGGCAAGCUCAUGGAGGCCGACGUGUGGCUCACGCUGCAGAUGCGGCAGCAGGUCAUCCUCACGCUGCUGACCAACGUGGCGCACACGUUCGAGACCAUGUUCCUGAAGCAGGUCAUGGUGGGCGAGGUCACGGCGGCGGAGGUCGGAUGCCGGUACUGCGGCUCGUCCAAGCGCAAGGAAGAAGGCGCGGACGGAGCCACCAACCUGCUGCGCUGUGCGUGCGAGGCGGCGUUCUACUGCUGCAAAGAGCACCAGGUCGAGGACUGGACCAACCAUAAGACUAGCUGCAAGACCAUUCGAAAGGAGAAGCAAGAGAGUUAG